AAGAAAAAAAAAAUAAAUAAAUUCAAUAAAGAAUCUGUGUUUAUUACAUUGUUUUUCAACACAAAUCAUCCCAGACAAAAAGAAAAAAAAAACAUCAAAAGCCCAGAAUCAGAAAUAAAAUCAAGUGUUCUUCUUUCUCCAUCUCUUUUCUCCAUCAUCUGUUGGAGAGAGAGAGAGAGAGAGAGAGAGAGAGAGAGAGAGAGAGAGAGAGAGGGUUGCAAUUGCAAUUGCAAUUGCAAUUGGUGAGAGAUGGCGAUGAUUUCUUUGGGAAGGGCAUCACCGAUGGCAACAGUUGUGAAUAGAAUCAUCACCCACCACAACCUCAAUUUCAAUAACACCCAAAUCAAGAAUCAACCUUUUUCAUCAGUUCCCACGUGCGGCUUCUCUCUCUCACCUCCCCACACACCAGGGGUUUGUAGAGCAAGCCAAGUGGCUGAAUUAUUCCCGACAACAUCACCGGAAAUUGUUGUUCGAGAGGCAAGGAUCGAAGACUGCUGGGAAGUAGCCGAAACACACUGCAGUUCUUUCUUUCCGGAAUAUUCUUUUCCUCUCGAUUUUGUGUUCAGAAUCGACAGGCUUAUUGGAAUGCUCUUUGGAUUCUCGAUACCAAAGGGAUGCAAAAGAACUUGCCUAGUUGCUGUAACUGGAAAUUCCGGUCAAGAUUCGAUCUUUUUAUGGAACGAUGAUUUCAAAAUCGGAGGUUUCGAUGGAAAGUUGAGUCUCGGUAAAGGGUGUAUAGCUGGAAUUUUGACUGUCGAUACUGUAGCUGAUUUUCUUCCCAGAAAAGGUCCUCUUCGACUGAGAAGGACAGGAAUAGCGUACAUAUCAAACGUUGCCGUACGAGGAAUACACCGUAGAAAGGGAGUUGCAAAGAGGCUAAUAGCUAAAGCCGAGGCAAAGGCUAAAUUAUGGGGGUGUCGAGCGGUUGCAUUGCAUUGUGACGUAAAUAACCCUGGUGCAACUGAGCUGUACUAUAGCCAGGGCUUCAAAUGCAUUCAAGUUCCACAAGGUGCAAAUUGGCCUCAGCCCAAGAUUUCACCCGAUAUGGAGUUUAAUUUCAUGAUGAAGCUUCUUUAAUUCUCUCGACGAGUCUUCGGGGGUAAUUUAGGAAUUUGAAAAUACUCGAACGAACGACACGUAAAUUUGGAAAAAAAAAGAAAGUUAAUAUGGAUGUAGCUUUGUACAUAUUUGGAGAUGGUUAGUGUGUGUAAUUAUUGUGUUUGUAAUUGUGAUGUUUGUAUAAUUGUACAAUUUGGUUUGCCACUUGGUGUGAUGUGAUUAGUCGAAAAGCUAGCGAUUUCUUCGUUUAAGUUAUGAGUUUUUCUAU